AUGGCAAGUCAGUACCAGUCGCUCACUCCUUCGAUAACUGAUGAACCGCUGUCAUGGCUCCAUGUGGAUGAGUGUGAGGCUGGAACGGCCAUUUCCCGCGCAGAGAUUGAAAGCAUGUCACCGAAGGAUUUCGUGGAUGCGGCACCCUUGAUAUCCACUCACUGGCAAUGCUCACCUGGCGAAUUUGCUUUCGUCGAGGCCUUGACAGGAGCAGCCACAAUGAGCCACAAUUUGCAUCAGCAGCGUGACCAAGAUCCACCCGAAGACCCGAGCCAGAACCUGUACGUGCCGCUUCCAAUGGAUGACGAGGUUCUUGAUGUGCGGCUUGAGAAACAAGAUGCUGCAGGCAUGUGUCAGUCUAAGCUUUGCUCCAACCGCCUAGCCAACCUGUGCCACCUCCGAUUCGUCCGGCCAGGCGACGAGCUGGACGCUCCGCAUGCUGAAGAGGGCGAUGACGAGAUGAGUCUCCUCCAUGAGGACAGCCCGGUACAGGAUCUAGACCUUCGGGGCAAUGGUUUGACGCGCGAAGAGGAUGAAGCGGCUACGUGCAAGUCGCUGCGCUUGCGGCCAAGUGCAUCUCUUGAGUCUCUUGAGUCUAUCACGCUCCUGGGAGACCUGCAACACGUUGCAACACAGGCCGCUGAUGACGAUCCAUUUGGUGACGACGAUGAAGAGGAUCCAGCCGAUGAGGCGUAUGCCAAGGAGGCACUGCUGGCCAGUGGCGGCCAGCAUGCUCAUUCUGUAUUCGAGACAAGCUUUGCUCGAAUGGAUGACGGCUGUUACCUCAACUCUUGUGUAGCCGAUUGUGGAAAUGCGAAUCAGCACAACUUCCCUUGCAUUCUGGAUCCUGAAGCCCUUUUGGCCAGGCUGUCUCCGAACACUGCAAAGGUUGGCCACAAGACGAUUUACCAUUGCACUUGCACAGUCAGUGACGCAGUCUCCGUCAUGCUAGUCCGGCUGGUGGCAUUCGCAGGCUUCUCAGCAGCGGCGCGUGCCGUAGAGCCUACGUUCGCCUGGGAUGGCUUGCGCGAUGGCUUGAUAGCCUGGCAAUCAUUCGGGUUUGACACUGAUUUCACUUUUGAAGUUGCAAAUGGCAGUCGCAUCCUCUUCAGGUAUCCGUCGAAAUUUCGAAAUGUUCAGCCUGAUCAGCUCUCAGACAUCACGAACGUGUUGGAGCAUCGCGUGGACAUUCGCAUCCGUGGCAACAGGAGCGACCUGUUGCGACAAGUCUCCGUGCCCGUGGUUCUUGCAAUCCUUGACGGCAAGGACCCAUCAAAAACUGCUGGACCAGGCAGUGUGGGCAGGUCCCAGUUGCUCUCGCAAGGAGGAGGGGUGACGCUUCCGGCGCUGGUGUCUCUGGUGACGGGCAGCGAGGCAGAUGGUUGGCAGCUUCUGCGGGAUGGCCUGGAUGCAUGGGCAUCUCUUGGCUGGGAUAAAGACUUUUCCUUCAAUGUUGGCGCGGCAAAUGGAUCUCUCUUCACAUACACCAAAGGUACGACAAACAUGCGCAAGCGCUUGCGUGGGGCCAGCCUGUCCAAAUGGCCGGCUGCGCUGGCGAUAGCUGGCCUCGUGGCGGAUGGUACGAUGUCUUUCGACGACAAAGCCAACAAAUACUUGGAUUGGUGGUCGCAAGACCCUGAUGAUCCCAGAAGCCGAAUAACCUUGAGACAUCUCAUGACCUUCCAAUCCGGUUACACCAAAGAUCCCAAGCUCUUCUGCAGCUUCAAUCCGUGGGCCGAUUUCCUUUCAUGCGCAAGGCGCCUGUAUGAGGCAGCCAGUUUGACAAGCCCACCAGGAGAGACAUGGGCCUAUAUCUCGAUCCACCUCCAGCUUGCAGCAGCGAUGGCCGUUGUAGCUUCCGGCCUCCGACCUGACAUGCUCUUUCAGAAGUACCUCUACAACCCCUUAGGCAUGAACUCGACCACCUGGACACCUUCAAGGAAUCCUCAGUUCGCAUCUGGCAUGACUACGACGGGCUCAGACUUUGAGAAAAUGCUGCGGCAGCUGCUGACCUACGAAUUUAUUGGAAAGGAGGUUUUGUCAGACAUGGAGAAGGACUGGUCUGCGCCACCUGUGUCUCCAUGUGGUGACGGAUGGUUUGGACACUAUGGAAUGGGCCACUGGUUUGACUGCAUGGGUUAUGGAUCUGGCCACAGCGAGGGAUCAUCGGCACCGCUUUCAGAACUCUGCCUUCAGGAAGCAGUUCAAGCAGGCCCCGGAGCCUACGGCUACUUCCCGCUGCUUGACCGGCGACGAGGCUUCUACAUGCAGAUCGUUCUGGCGGAGGACUCCAAGUGCCGCAGCGAGAUCCCAGAGUACCUCCGUAUAAUUGCAAAGCCCGUUGUGGAUGCACUUGUGCUGGGCGAGUCAAUUUCAAGUGUGCGGCUGCUCCAGAGCAAUGGUGGCUUACUUUUGCGUGAGCUGGCAGACAUUCGCAAAUCUUUGCCGCCUCAUUGCUGGCCAUUUCCUAUUGCAAAUUCCUUGGUGAUCUAG